GACACCCGGUGACGGGGCGGGGGAUGCCCUGGUGACAGGGGGACGGUGGUGUUGGGGACACCCGGUGAUCGGGGUUGGGGACACCCGGUGACGGGUGACGGCAGGUUCGGGGGUGCCCCGGUGACAGGAGACCCACAGCCAGAGGAGGCCUGGGGGGUCCUGGAGGGAGGGGGGGUGACCCGGUAACACAAGGGGGGACCCUGUGGGACCCCCAAAGACUUUGGGGGUGCCCCAUAUCUGUAGGGGCCCUGUGGGACCCCCAAGCACCUUGAGGUUCCUCCAUCGCCGUAGGGUUCCUGUGGGACCCCCAAGUGUUUAGGGGGUGCCCCACAUCUCUGGGGACCCCCCCAAGGACCUCGAGGGUCCCCCGAAGCUGUAGACCCCUCCAAGACCCCCAAGAUUUUAGGGGGUGCCCCAUAUCUGUAGGGGUCCUGUGGGACCCCCAAGCACCUUGAGGGUCCUCCAUCACCGCGGGGUUCCUGUGGGACCCCCAAAAGCUUAGGGGGUGCCCCAUAUCUGUAGGGUCCCCGUAGGACCCCCACGGACCUCGAGGGACCCCCGUAAUCUGCCGACCCCCUGUAGGACCUCGAGGUUCCUCCAACUCUGUAAACCCCAUCGGACCCCCAAGGACCUUGAAGGUCCCCCAACAUUGUAGACCCCCAAGAGUUUAGGGUCCCCCCCAUAUCUCUAGGGCCCUCGUGGGACCCCCAAGGAUCUCGAGGGCCCCCCAUUGCUGGAGACCCCCUGUGAGACCCCCAAGGAUCUUGAGGGUCCCCCAUAUCUGUAGACCCCUUGCGGGACCUUCAACGACCUCCAAGAUCCCCCAACGCUGUAGACCCCCAAGAGUUUAGGGGCCCCCCCAUAUCUCUAGGGCCCUUGUGGGACCCCCAAGAACCUUGAGGCCCCCCCCCCCCCCCAACCCGUUGACCCCCCUGUAGGACCUCGAGGUUCCUCCAACACUGUAGAGCCCUGAAGGACCCCCAAGGACCUUGAAGGUCCCCCAACGCCGUAGACCCCUAAGAGUUUAGGGGUCCCCCAGCUCCGUAGCCGCGCCCCACCCCCCACCCCCACCCCCACCCUGCCCUCGGGCCCAUCCCCCCCUUCUUUCCCCCCCAGCGGGGGUCCCCCGGCCAUGGGGGAACCGGUGGGCUGUUGCGAACGGGUGGCCAUCAACGUGGCGGGGCGGCGGUUCGAGACCUUGGGGAGGACCCUCCUCCGUUUCCCCGACACCCUUUUGGGCGACCCCCGGCGCCGCCGCCGCUACUUCGACCCCCAACGCCGCGAGUAUUUCUUCGACCGCCACCGGGGAGCCUUCGGCGCCGUCCUCUACUAUUACCAAUCGGGAGGAAGACUCCGCCGCCCGCCCGACGUCCCCUUAGACGUCUUCUUGGAAGAGUUACGUUUCUACCAGUUGGGAGCCGAAGCCGAAGGAAGGCUGCGCGAGGCCGAAGGCUUCGCGGUGGAGGUGGCCCAGCCUCUGCCCGGCGGGAGGUUGCAGCGCCGGGCGUGGCUGUUGUGCGAACACCCCGAGAGUUCGCCGGCCGCCCGCGCCGUGGCCUUGCUCUCCGUCCUCGUCAUCCUCGUCUCCAUCGUGGUCUUCUGCUUGGAGACCCUGCCCCAGUUCCGGGUCGGAGGGGAGGGGGCAGCUCAGACCCCAGACCCCGUCUCCGCCCCCCUCAACGCCUCCUCCCCGCCCCCGCUGCCGCCCCCGACCGCGUCCCCCCCGCCGCGGGGCAGCCUGACCGACCCCUUCUUCGUGGUGGAGACCGUCUGCAUCUGCUGGUUCUCCCUGGAGCUGCUCGUUCGCCUUUUGGCCAGUCCCAGCAAAACCGCCUUCUUCCGCAACGCCAUGAACCUCAUCGACUUGGUAGCCAUCGCCCCUUAUUUCGUAGCCCUGGGGACGGAAUUAGCCCGGCAGCGGGGCGUGGGCCAACCCGCCAUGUCCCUGGCCAUCCUCCGCGUCAUCCGUCUGGUGCGGGUUUUCCGGGUGUUCAAGUUAUCCCGCCAUUCCACCGGCCUGCAGAUCUUGGGCCAGACGCUGCGGGCCAGCAUGAGGGAGCUGGGGCUCCUCAUCUUCUUCCUCCUCAUCGGCGUCGUCCUCUUCUCCAGCGCCGUCUACUUCGCCGAGGCCGAAGACGCCGCCACCUCCUUCACCUCCAUCCCCCAGGCCUUCUGGUGGGCCGUGGUCACCAUGACCACGGUGGGCUACGGGGACAUGGCCCCCGUCACCGUCGGGGGGAAGCUGGUGGGGUCCCUCUGCGCCAUCGCCGGCGUCCUCACCAUCUCCCUCCCCGUCCCCGUCAUCGUCUCCAACUUCAGCUACUUCUACCGGCGGGAGCUGCGGGGGGAGGAGGGGGGGGAGUACGCCCCCGCCCCCCCCUGCCCCUACCACCCCCCGCCCCCCUCCCCCGGGCGGCCCCCCAAGGCCGGGGGGGAAGGGGGGCACCCGGCCCCCCGCCGGAGGACCGACCCCGCACUCCGCCGCCAGGGGGGCGCCAUGGCGCCACCAUCCACCGGAAGCGGCGGAGUGGAGAGACCGGAAGCGGCGGACGGGGGACCGGAAGCAGAGGACGGGGGACCGGAAGCGGCGGCUCUGGCCGGCGGAGCGGGAGCGGGAGCGGGAGCGGGAGCGGGAGCGAUGCGGUGCGAGCUGCGGGGCGCGGGGGGGCCGGUGCCGCUGCCCGACGGCGAGACCGUGGUGCUGGGCCGGGGGCCGCUCACCGGCAUCACCGACCGCAAGUGCUCCCGCGGCCAGGGUGCGUCCGUGGAGAUUGUGGCCAACUACGCCGAGGGCACGGCCCUGGUCACCCAGAUCGCCGGCUUCGACCUGGACGGGACCCUCAUCACCACCAAGUCGGGGAAGGUGUUUCCCACCGGCCCCGAUGACUGGAGGAUUUUGUACCCCGAGAUCCCCAAGAAGCUGAAGCAGCUGCAGAGCGAUGGGUAUAAGCUCGUCGUCUUCACCAACCAACUGGGCAUCUCCCGCGGCCGCCUGCGCCCCGAGCAGUUCAAG